UCAAAAUUACAGCCGAGAAAAAGAAAUGGAAAUGGUGAUGACGCUCGUAUUUUGGGAUUAUAAACUGGGCCUCUCUCCCUCUCUCAGACUCUGUCUGCCUACAACCGCAAACUCCAACCCCUUCAAUCCUUUUCUUCAAUCCUCUCUCUCGCUCCCUACCAAACCCUACCUCUUCCUCUUUCUUUUUCUUUUUCUUCGUUUUCUUCUUUUUCAACCGUAUCCCUGUUCACAAACAUUAACAUCAUCAUCGCUUUUAUUCAUUAUAGGAUCUGAUUUCUCAUCAGUUUGCAUGGAAGAUUUUUUGAGAUGAUUCAUCUGCUCGAUUGUUUGAUCACAGCUUUUCUUGGCGUAGGUACUGAUUCUUUAGGAAAUCAUGAAUUAUGUGAGUUUCAUGACUUGCUGGUUUGGAGGUCUGAAGAUCUGUGCUACUCGUGAUCUUCACAGUACUUCAAUGCGCUUCAAUAUGUCUUUGGAGAGAGUGGUAACUCAAAUGUUUGAAUUCUGGCUGCCUUUGGUAGGUACCUAGUAGUUUCUUCGGCAGAGCAGUUAUAUUUUCAAUUGAAGGGAGAAAUUUAGGUGUGUAUCAGUUAUACUGAUGGCAUAAGAAGUUGGAUUUUCAUUUUUUUUUGUUGGAUUAGAAAUAACAGCUCUGUUAGUUGAUGAACUGAUCUGAUACUAUUCCCUCAACCCCCAUCCUAAAAAGAAAACAAAAUAAAAAUAAAAGAGUUAGGAAUUAGUUCCUGUGAAAAUUGGACAUGGGAUUGCCUCAAGUUCCCUCGACUGGAACUUCUGAGGAAGUACUAGCUGCAUCUCUGGGCUCAUUUUUACAAAGCCCGCCUCGGUUUUCUAGUAUGAGCACGUGUGAUAUGGAUGGGAUGCAUGGUGGGACUGCAAGUCGAAUGGGGGGAAACCCAUUAUGCUCCUCUUUAGGAGAUUACCAGACAAGAGCCUCUCUGGAAUUUUCAAGGUUCCCUGAUGAUUCAUUUAGAUUGAGAAGGACCACAGAAGUUACCAACAAUGUUCAUGGUUUGACAAUUGGUUCUGUUGAUAAAUCUGGUCAGAUCACUCCGAAAAAUGGGCGGAAUAUUCAGACCCCUGCUUCUAGGAUUGUAGGAUUUGAAUCAAGUGGAACAAGUUCUCUAAAUGAUGGCUCCAAGGGUGUUUCAUCUGGUCAUGUUCACUCUUCUUCUGCAGUUAAUGUUACAACUAAUGAUGUUGUGAACAGUGGAUCACUAGUCAGGAAGCGGUUGUUGUCACCAUUGACUAGUAUGCUUUUUCCAGAUCAGUUUAAAGGUGAUCGUUUAGACAUUGGUUGCAGAAAUUCUCGAACAAAUUCUCCCACCGUGAGUGAAAAUUUCAGUGCAUCUAUUGCACAUGAUUAUAAGAAAGCAAAUGUUGGGGGCAAAAAUCACUUUACAAUGCCAACUUGGUCUCUAUCUAGUUGCUUGGAGCAGAAGAACAUGCCACAUGAUAUUAGUAGUAUGGAAUCCGUUAUUUUCACUGAUGGCCCUUUGCUGGAAAACAAGGAUCCCCUACCUCAUAAUAGUUAUUCAUCUUCACCCAGACUUUUGAGAGAGCCGACUAAUGCAAAAUCCCAGAGUGGGGCAAUAUUCAUAUCUCCACAAGAAGUGAUCUCGCCUUCACAUUCGUUGUCACCUCUUGGCCCCAAGUUCUCUGAAAGAUUUAAAACCGUAGGGGGCUGCAGGACUGCUAACAAAGAGUUGGAGGAUUGUCAUUCAACCUUAAGGAAUGUAAAACAAACACAUGACAAGUCUGAUCCAGACAUUCUAUUUUCCCCUGAAGUAGGGGAGUUUAGGAUUGCUAGUAAAUUAUUUGAAGAUGUUGAUAUUUUUCAGAAGGACUUCCAUCCAUCUUCUCUAGAAAAUGGUACUGGCGUAAGUUAUUCUUUGUCCCAAGGGUCCCAAUGCAUGAGAUUUGUUAGAAGUUUGAGUGGACUUCCUGUUCGGAGAUCCUUGGUUGGUUCAUUUGAAGAAUCUCUACUGUCUGGUCGAUUCUUAUCAGGGAAACCCAGCCAGAGAAUCGAUGGUUUUCUGGCAGUACUAAGCAUCACUGGGGGAAACUUUUCUCCGCAAUCACAGAAGCUUCCUUUUUCAGUAACUAGUGUAGAAGGAGACUGCUAUUUAUUGUAUUGUGCAUCCAUACACCUUGCGGGAAAUUCUGCAUUGAAUAGGAGUGGAGGACAAAAGCUGAAACGAGGCCUUAGCAAUGAUGGUUCACAGAUUGUCACAAGCCGCCUGCGCAUUCCUGUGAAGGGCCGUAUACAACUGGUUCUAAGCAAUCCAGAGAAGACACCUAUUCAUACUUUCCUUUGCAACUACGAUUUAAGUGACAUGCCAGCUGGUACCAAAACCUUCUUGCGCCAGAAGGUCACUUUAGCUUCAUGUAGCCCAACUUCUACACAGUCAAAACAAGGGAAGACUGAUUUGUGUGCAAAAGUCAUAGACAAGAAGGAAUUAAAGAAUACAGCUGGAGUAGACGUUGUGCAAACAACAAGAUGUGUAGAUCAGAAAACCGAAAUUAGAAGUGAGUGCUCUGAUUUAGUGGAUUCAAUCGAUGAGGGGGAUAUGUCCAAGUUAUCCCCUAAAACAGGAAGGGUAUGCACUCGUUCGUUCAUUGUUGAGAAGAGCUUUAAUGAUGAUGAGUACCGAAGCAGUAAUGGGAAGGAGCGCAACUGGGUUGAUGGCUGCCAUGAAACUGACAGGAAACAAGUACAUGGUUGUUCGAGGGUAAAUCAAAACAGUAAUGGUGGUCUUCGCUAUGCACUUCAUCUCCGUUUCAUAUGCCCUUUUCCUAAAAAAUGUUCUAGGUCGGUUCAGAGAUGCAAAUCAGAUCCCCUAUCUACACCAGAAAGAACGGGAUUAGACAUGGAUGGGGAGCGCAGAUUCUACUUAUACAAUGACUUGAGGGUUGUGUUCCCCCAACGCCACUCAGACGCCGAUGAGGGGAAGUUGAACGUGGAAUACCAUUUCCCAGAUGAUCCGAAAUACUUUGUCAUCAACUGAAACGUCUAAUUGAGCUCACAAAAUAUCUUUCCAUUAUCAUCCUUUUUUUAUAUAUUUAUUUAGUUAUCUGCCUGGUGUGUACAUAUU